GGAUUGAAUUUAAAUAUCGGCUUUGCUAUAAAAGCCCAGUCUAUCCCCAUAUGGUAAUCCAUAAUCGGUUGUAUUUGUCAGCAGACCAGACUCCCCAUGAUUAGUUUGGAGAUUGGACUGGUCCUACUAGGGUUUUUAGUGCCAUAUGGACAUGGCCUUGUGCACUUCGAGAAACUUCAACCUGGAGAGGAUGGUGGUUGCAAGGGCAAAACGGGCAAUGCUUUGAAGGUGGGAGAAACGGAAAAGGACGAAAAUACCUGUGGAGUUUACGUUUGUCAAAACGACAAGGGUGAUGCCUUGAUCCACUACUGCCAAUUACCGGCCACAUUUCAGGAGUGCUCCGAUGAAGGGGUCUCCACCGUACUCCCAUUUCCCGAGUGUUGUUGGAUCUGCGUAGAAUGGGAGGAUUGCGAUGAGGGUGGAGAGGGAGCAGGCGGAGAAGGUGAUGGAGGUGGUGGUGGUGGUGAUGGGGGUGGUGAGGAACCAGGUGAAGAAGCAGCUGAAGAAGCAGCUGAAGAAGCAGCUGAAGACGCGGGUGAGCGAAAAGAAGAAAAGGAAGAGAAGGAAGAGAAGGAAGAAAAGGAAGAAGGUGGCGAGGAGGCCAAAGAAGAAGGCGGAGAAGCCGAAGAAAGGCGAAAAUACAAACAUAAACUAUUCUAGAUAAUACCUACAAAAAUAAAGUGAAUUACAGAAACUUGUGGGAAAUAUUAUAAAAGAGUUUCAGGGAAAUGUGCCAUCACUUUAUAAAUAGUAAUUUAAGAUCAAUGUAGAUCCAGAAAAACGUUUCGAAAUCUGCACCCCAAAAUCCGUAAGUCUCCACUAAAAAAGAUUUAAUGAAAAAGCAAGGCUCUGCAAUUGGUUGAAAUAAAGCAAAGACGAGAAGUAGGAGAUAUAGUACGAGAUGUACUAUCAUUUAAUAAAUAGUAACUUAAGAUCAAUGUAGAUUCAGUAAAACCUUUCGAAAUCUGCACCCCAAAAUAAUUAAGUCUCACCUAAAGUAGAAUUAAAUGAAAAUGCAAAUAAAGAAACUUGAGGGAGAUACAGUGCAAGAAUUAAGGUGAAAUGUGCUAUCAUUUAACAGAUGAAACUUAAGAUCAGUAUAGAUCCAGUAAAACCUUUCGAAAUCUGCUCCCCAAAAUACGAAAAUCUCCCCACACCUUCUGUACUCCCCCGUUCUCCGCCACUCAAGAUCCGUCCAUCGCUCGCAUCUCACAGAUACUAGCUGCAUUCUAAAGUGUCUGCGAGUGAUGAGCACGCGGCAUUUACAGACCCGGACCCAUACCCAUAACAAAGAGAGCACCGAAUAGAAUAUAGAAUGCGACAAAAGGAGAAGCACGAGGUGGAAACAAACCAUAUAGACACGAAUUGCUACAAAAAUGCCAGCUAUGCUAGAAGUAAAUGCUAAAACCGAAGGCGCACCGCGAACUGACGGCUAGACAGAGGUGGACACAAACGAAUCCGGACGGACUGUCUGACUGACGGACGGACACGGGAGACAUACUCGCGGACAAAAGGACAAACGGACGGACGGUGGGCAAAAAUAGUUUUGGGAGCGCCAUUUAAGAGGGAAAGGAACGUCUUCGACGCCGCCGAUUCUCGGUUCGCAUUGUCUCCUCGGCAAAAUGUCAGAGUCUUAAAAAUAAAAGUUAAAUGGAACGCCAAAAAAUGUAUACAAUAUCAAAGUUCAGCAGAAGAAAAGGCAAAGUUUUUACUAAAGAAAUCCAUUAGGAUUAUGUGUUGUACAUGAUUUUAGUCUGGGACAUCCCCACAUUUUCGAAAAAAGUUUUUAGCUAAAGCAUUGUAUAAUCAAAAAAAAUUUCCAUUUUAAAGUUAAUUAAUUCUCACAAAAACCAAUUUUUGAUGAUUUCACAAGAAAUAAAUUGAGUAGGUUUUCAAAGUAAAGUAAAUCAUUUGAUACUAAAAACCAUGACCCUUUUUGGGUCAGCCUGAAAUGCUACAAAAUAAUCAGCAGUCAUUAUAAUCUAAAUAUAAUUAAAAUUUAUUUUUCUAGUACG